UUACCUGGAUUUUUAAAAGAAUAUGUUUUAUAAAAAUAUAUAUGAAAUUAUAUAAUAUUGAAUAUUCUCAAAGAUUAUUUCCUCACUUAAUGCAGAAAAAUAAACUUGUUAAUACUAUUGCAAAAUAAUUUGUAUCUAAAAAGAGCUUUACGAUGUUCUUAUUGAUUCCAAAGCCUAAAACAGCUAACUCAAAAUGUACUUUAAACAGAUGAAACCCCAAACAGCACAAGAUUGGAAGUUUUCAGAAUAUCUUUUAGAUUAUGAGUUUCCUCGAAUUAUGUGUUUCAUGAAAUCAAGCAAUGUUUAGCAUAUAUAUUUUUUCUGUCAUGUUGAAUUUGGCACUUCAAAUUUUAUAUUUCUAAUUCAAGAUUAUAGCUAUAUCAUUAGAAACAUCUAAGUUCAAAUUUUUAUGAAAAUUUCACAUUGUCUGUGUUCAAGAAAAAAUCCGUCAUAUUGGAUUCGCCAUUUUGAAUUCUUCAAUUUUGUUUUUACUUUAAAGUUAACUAUAGCUAUAUAUAGCUAUAUAAUAGUAUAGUAUCAUGAAACUAUUUGGGCCAAUUUUCAUGAAAUUUGAUAGUUGAUAAUUUCUGAAAAAAUACAGUGAUCACUGUCAGUACUUGUUCUCUGCCUCUUUCAUUCCAUUGCAGCUACAUUGGAUAUUUUAAAUUUUGUCAUUUAGAGGUCAAAUUUGGAUUUAGUGAUCCCAAAAAUCUCUGUAAUACUAGAUUUUUCAGAACUAAAUUCUUUAGCAACCUCUUAUCCUCAAAUGGUUCAGUGCAGUACAUGCUCUCAUACGUACUUGCAUGUACGUACGGUUACAUAACAUAUACUGACUUAUUGUUAGUAACAAAUCAAUAUGAUGCGAAAGAGGAAAGUUCUCAUGGUUUGUUUAGCAGGAAACAGCUGCCGUUCCCCUAUGGCAGAAGCGGUGUUUCAGGAUCAAGUGCGGAAGAUGGGUUUAACCGAUUUCUGGGAGAUCGAAAGCGCCGCUCUUCUGGAAUAUCAUGUAGGCAAUGGUCCUGAACCCAGAGCAAUAGCCACUCUUCAAAAAGCUGGAAUUACGGAUUAUUCUCACAUUGCGAGACAAAUCACCACGAACGAUUUCUACAAAUUCGAUUGGAUAUUCGGAAUGGAUGAGUGUAAUAUCCGUAUGCUGUACCAGAUGCGACCGGAGGAUAGCCAAGCGAAGAUAGAAUUACUUGGGAAGUACGAUCCAGCUGGAAUAGUAGUCAUCAGAGAUCCUCUCUUUGAUACUGAUAGUGCUGGAUUUGAGAAAGCAUUUCAGCAAGCUCUGAGAAGUGUAUGCGCAUUUUUGGAAAUUAAUAAGGAUAAUAUAUGCGAAAAAUCAUGAAAAAAUUUUUAUUUUACAAAAAUAUUAAAAAUAAGGAAAAAUAAAGAAUUAAAAUUUAUUCGGUAGCUUGUCUAUCGCAGAGUAUUUAUAAACAUAAAUUAUUUUAUAAUAAAUUAAUAAAUAUGAAA